AAUAAACUUUAUUGACAGCCAACUGUGACGUCUUCUUUCGGUCGGGUCAUUGUUAAGGAAGCUCCCUGACAGAGAGUCUCGUCUGAAGAAGGAUGAUGAAGCUUCUGGGAUUCCUUCUCUUAGUGACAUCCACCUGCUACGUAAUCAAUGCAACACUGUCAAAAACUGAUGCAAAGAAAGCGUCUCUGAAGACCCCGGAGCCAAAGACUCGUCUUUCUGAUAACCCUGUGCAAGCUCGAGGACUGGUUUCCACCGACAUCAAGGCCAAAGACAUAGUGCAGGAGCACAGAAAUUACUGCGCAAAGAAGGCGAAAGAGCGGUUUGUCUCUGGCGAUGUGCUGGGAUACAUCACUCCUUGGAACAGUCGUGGUUAUGACAUGGCCAAAAUCUUUGCAGCAAAGUUCACGCUCAUUUCUCCAGUUUGGCUGCAGAUUAAAAGGAAAGGCAAAGAAUCCUAUCAGAUUACAGGACUUCAUGAUGUUGACCAAGGGUGGAUAAAGGAAGUCAGGAAAAAUUCUAAGAACACACAAAUUGUGCCACGUAUCCUGUUUGACGGAUGGUCUUAUCAAGACUUUGACAGUGUGUUCAGUAGUGAAGAUGAGAUUGAAGACCUUUCCAACACCAUGGUUGAAACAGCAAAGGAGGAGAGAUUUGAUGGCUUUGUCGUGGAAGUUUGGAGUCAGCUAGGAGGGCAGAAGCGUCAGGAGCUGGUACAUUUGCUUACACACCUUGGAGAGGCGCUACAUCAUGCUAAGCUGCAGUUUAUCCUUGUUAUUCCGCCUGCUGUAGCACCAGGUACUGACCAACUGGGUAUGUUUGGGAGAAAGGAGUUUGACCUUUUGGCUCCAGUUGUGGACAGCUUUAGCCUCAUGACUUACGACUACUCCAACCCACAAAGACCUGGUCCCAAUUCACCCAUUUCCUGGGUGCAAGCAUGUGUUCAGCUGCUGGAUCCAGAGUCCAAGUGGAGAAGGAAGAUCCUACUCGGAAUACAUUUUUACGGAAUGGAUUACUCUGCGCUGGGGGCAUCUGGUGAGCCCAUCCUUGGGAGCCGGUAUAUUGAGAUCCUGAAGGAGCACAAGCCUAAGCUUUUAUGGGAUCAGCAAAUAGCAGAGCAUUAUCUGGAAUACAAAAAGAAUAAAGGAGGAAAGCAUGCUGUCUUCUACCCUACACUUAAGUCACUUCAGGUACGCCUGGACCUUGCAAAGGAGCUUGGCACAGGAAUCUCUAUCUGGGAGAUGGGCCAAGGAUUGGACUAUUUCUAUGACCUUCUAUGAUAGUAUGAAUGGUACAUCAAUCUUUUUUGUGAAACCAGUGGGACUACUAGGUGUUUGGUGAAGGGAAGAACUUAAUUCAACUCUUGGGCCAUUCAAGGCUAAAGGGUUCAUCAGAUGGCAUUGAAGGGAUUACAAUUUAAAAUUAUAAAGAGCUUAGAGCAAAAUGUUCUACAUAUUUAAGUUUGAUAAUCAGAUUUUGCUUGAAUAAAAUCAAUAAUUUCCUAAUUUGUUGGUAACAGAUGUAUUACAGUAGAGUACUGUGCAAGAGAUAAAUUAUAUGGCUGCUAUUUUUGUACCUUUUCUAAAUGACACAUUUUGAAGGAGAUAACAGCCAUUUAAGUAUUUUAUAAUUAAACACCAGCUUGCCUCUUACAUUGCUGUAAUAAUGUCACCCUCCUGCACAGUACGUUAGUCUGCCUCUCUACUACACAAUUAGGAGCUGUGUUUGUAAUUCACUGGGUGUAAACUAACACAAGAGCCAAAGAGAUAGAAAUUGGGGAUAUUUCAAAAACUCUAGAGUAUUUCUGUUACAUCUGUUCUUGAAUAUGCAAUUUUCUUAUUUUGGGAAAAACAAAUAUUAAAUAUUGCUCCAAUAUGAGAA